CACUUGUAAUCGCUUAAUUUACCAGAAGUUGUCGUCGCUAAAAUCUUUCAGUUGUGCGCUGGUGCAGUUGCUGGUUGCAUGAACCAGCAUUCAGUGAACCCGUUGACAAGACACGAAACAAAAAAAACAAAACAAAAAUAAGUGAAAGUAUUGUUUAAAAGGGAAAUGACUAAAUAGAAGCCAAACUCCAAAAUGACUCGAGGAAUUUUAAGGCUACACUUAAACAAACUCCAAUCUUGUGAUAUUAAGUAUUUAUACAAAUGUAACUCGCACAGUAUAAACCCAAAAACGUAUCAUGCAGUAUUAAAAAGCAGUAGACAAUUUUCAACAAAAUCAUCUGAACCAAUUAAAGGAGUGCCUUACUCAAAGCUUACAAUUGGAGUUCCAAAAGAAAUAUGGAAAAACGAAAGAAGGGUGGCAGUAACUCCCGCUGUAACACAAACGUUAACCAAAAAAGGAUUUACUGUCUUGGUCGAAGAAAACGCUGGGGUCGAAGCUAAGUUUAGAAAUGAAGAUUAUGAAAAAUCCGGGGCCAAAAUUGCAAGCAAUCAAAAUGUGUUCGAAUCUGAUAUACUUCUAAAAGUGCGACAUCCUGCUGAAAAUGAAAUAAAUAAAUUUAGGGCGGAUUCAACACUUAUAUCAUUUUUAUACCCAGCUCAAAAUAAAAAUCUCAUAGAUAAGUUGGCAGAAAAACAAAUAAAUGCUUUUGCUAUGGACUGCAUUCCUCGUAUAACUAGAGCUCAAGUUUUCGAUGCUUUAAGUUCCAUGGCAAAUAUUUCUGGUUAUAGAGCUGUCAUCGAAGCUGCAAACCAUUUUCCCAGGUUUUUCUCGGGUCAAAUAACCGCAGCUGGAAAAGUCCCUCCAGCUAAAAUUCUUGUCAUUGGAGGUGGUGUAGCUGGAUUAGCUGCCAUAGGUCAAGCAAAGAGUAUGGGCGCAAUUGUUAGAGCCUUUGAUACCAGAGCAGCUGUCCAAGAGCAGGUGGAAUCUAUGGGAGCAGAAUUUUUAACUAUAGAAAUCGAAGAAGAAGGUGGUACAACUGGAGGAUACAGUAAGGAAAUGUCAAAGGAAUUUAUAGAUGCUGAACAUGCUUUAUUUGCUAAACAGCUUAAAGAAGUUGAUAUUGUAAUUUCAACUGCCCUAAUUCCAGGAAAAAAAGCACCUGUUUUAAUUCUUAAGGAACAUAUUUUGGGAAUGAAACCAGGAAGCGUAGUAGUAGAUCUUGCAGCUGAAGCUGGUGGUAACAUUGAAACAACUAAACCUGGUGAAGUGUACAGUUUAAACGACGUAAUCCAUGUAGGUCUAACAGACUUAUCGAGCAGACUUCCAACCCAGAGUUCCACUCUAUACGCCAAUAACAUAUCAAAAUUUUUGCUCUCAAUGGGUGAAAAUGAUUACUUCAACAUAAACCUUGAUGAUGAAGUUGUUAGAGGUAGUAUGAUACUCGAAAAAGGUAAAUGGAUGUGGCCUCCACCAACUCCUACAGGUCCUCCAGCACCUUUACCAAAAAAAGCUGUAGCAGUGCCCAAAGAAGAACAAAAAGCUUUGACGCCAUUUAAGGCAACUAUGCAAAAUUCACUGGCUACUACAGCCGGUAUGGGCACGAUUUUGGGGUUGGGAAUGAUAUCCCCUAACCCAGAAUUUACUUCCAUGAUGUCUAUAUUGGGAUUGUCUGGAAUUGUUGGUUAUCAUACAGUUUGGGGUGUAACACCAGCAUUGCAUUCACCUCUUAUGUCUGUUACCAAUGCUAUAUCGGGAAUAACAGCUGUUGGAGGUUUGCUUUUAAUGAAUGGUGGAUAUUAUCCGACCAAUUCUGUUGAAUCCUUGGCAGCUGCAGCUGCGUUUAUAUCUUUUAUCAACGUUUUUGGAGGCUUCGUGGUAACUAAAAGGAUGUUGGAUAUGUUUAAAAGAACGGGAGAUCCACCAGAAUACAAUUCUUUAUAUGCCAUUCCAGCAGCAGGAUUUUUAGGGGGUUAUGGAUGGGCAGCGACUCAGGGUCUUCCAGAGGUGCAUCAAGCAGCCUACCUCGCAGCUUCCCUGUGCUGUGUGGGAGCAUUAGGUGGUUUAAGUUCGCAAGCUACAUCCAGAUUAGGAAAUAAUUUGGGAAUGAUCGGCGUCUCAGGUGGUAUUGCGGCAACCCUAGGUUACUUAUCACCUACUCCAGAAGUUUUGGCGCAAAUGGCUGCUUGUUUGGUUGGGGGUGGUGCUCUUGGUACUGUAAUAGCUAAGAGAAUACAAAUCACCGAUUUACCACAAUUAGUAGCUGCUUUCCAUAGCUUAGUUGGUUUGGCAGCUGUACUUACAUGUUUUGGUACUUACAUACACGACUUCCCACAAUUUGCAACAGACCCAGCUGCUAACAUUAUUAAAACAGCUCUGUUUUUGGGUACAUACAUUGGCGGAGUAACAUUCAGUGGUUCCUUGAUUGCUUACGGUAAAUUACAAGGUGUCCUUAAAUCGAAUCCCCUACUACUUCCAGGACGCCAUGCUUUAAACAGUGCAUUACUUAUGGGUAAUAUUGCAGCUGGUGGUUACUUAUUCUUCGAUCCUACUUUAGCAGGUGGUUUGGGAGCUUUAGGUACCACCGCUGCCCUCUCAACUGUUAUGGGAGUAACGCUAACUUCUGCAAUAGGAGGAGCCGAUAUGCCUGUUGUCAUAACAGUGCUAAACAGCUACUCUGGAUGGGCACUAUGCGCAGAGGGCUUUAUGUUAAAUAACAACUUGAUGACCAUAGUUGGUGCCCUUAUUGGUUCUUCUGGUGCAAUUCUCUCAUACAUCAUGUGUAAAGCCAUGAACAGAUCAUUGCCAAACGUAAUUCUUGGAGGAUAUGGUACUAGUAGUACUGGAACAGGAAAACCAAUGGAAAUUACUGGUACUCAUACAGAGAUAAACUUGGAUGGAGCUGUAGAACAAAUAAACAAUGCCAGAAAUAUUAUUAUAGUACCUGGUUAUGGUCUAUGCGUGGCCAAGGCUCAGUAUCCCAUAGCAGAAAUGGUUAAUGCUUUAAAAAGUAGAGGUAAAAAUGUUAGAUUUGCUAUCCAUCCAGUCGCCGGUAGGAUGCCUGGACAACUCAACGUUUUAUUAGCAGAAGCAGGUGUUCCAUACGAUGAUGUUUUGGAAAUGGAAGAAAUCAACGAUGACUUUCCUGAAACUGAUCUGGUUUUGGUAAUCGGUGCCAACGAUACUGUUAAUAGUGCUGCAGUCGACGAUCCCAAUUCCCCUAUUGCUGGUAUGCCAGUUUUAAAUGUCUGGAAGGCGGAAAAUGUAAUUGUAAUGAAAAGAUCUUUGGGUGUUGGAUACGCCGCUGUCGAUAAUCCAGUUUUCUACAAAACAAACACGUCCAUGUUAUUGGGUGAUGCUAAAAAAACCUGUGAUGCUCUUUUAAAUAAAGUUAAGGAAGAUGCUUGAUACUAAUUAUUUUCUAAUGAAUUUUGUAAUUUAAUUAAGCUAGGUUAAUUGUUAUAUUUUUACAUUGUACUUAUAUAGCAAAACUUGCUGUGGUACCUUUUUUAAGAAAAUGUAUGGAGAAAUAUAGUCUGAGUUUGUUUUAACGCUUUUCAUGUAUUUGUUAUUAUUUGUAACUCAGGAACACAUUGUAUUUGCCACAAUAUUCAAUUUAUAAUAAUAUUAUACAGGGUUUUAAAAUGACCGUCUACUAUGCCUAAUAUUAUAAUAAUAAAUUUAAUGAAAAAAUAUAUUAAUUUUCUGCAUCCAUAAUUACUGUAAUUAAAUACCUAGCUCAUUAUUAAAUUUAAAAAUGUUUUGACAUUUUAGGUUACAUACCUAUAUAUUGCAAUCCGUCUUGUACACUUUAGUAAGUAGAAAUAGAUAUGUAACGCAAAAUGUGAAAAAAUUGACUUAGUCCCUUUUAAUAUUAUUUGAUUCAAUUAGAUCCUUAUGAUACGGACUGACAUUUUUUAGACAUCCUGUAUAGCUUUUGUACAAACUUGGUAGGGGUAAGAUUUAUAAAAUGUUUUAAGGUAAAUAAACGUAUUUUAUAAUAAAUAAAUUACUAAACA